CAAGACCAGUCAGUGUUCACGUUACCUAGCAACCAAUGUUUUAGACAUGGCGGACAAGUACAGCGCAGAUACUAUUAUAACAGAAACUCAGAAGAGGAUAAGUAACGCCUUUGACGUGUUUGACCACGAAUCCAACAAGACUGUUGAUGUCAGGGAAAUAGGCACCAUUAUCCGUUCCCUUGGCUGUUUCCCAUCAGAAGCUGAUUUGCAUGAUAUCAUUGCUGAGCUAGAAGAAGAAGAGCCGAAUGGGUUUGUACGCUAUGAGAAGUUUCUUCCAACUAUGACUAAGAUCCUGCUGGAGCGAAAGUUCCGUCCUAUUACAGAAGACCUGCUCCUUCAGGCCUUUGAGGUGUUAGAUCAACAGAAAAAAGGACACUUGGAACCAGAGGAACUGACCAAAUAUUUAACACAAGAAGGAGAGCCCUUCACACAGGAAGAGAUGGAUGAAAUGCUGUCUGCAGCUGUUGAUCCUGAUAAAAAUGUCAUUCUCUACAAAGACUUUGUGAGCAUGAUGACUUUUGAUGACACUCGAUGAGGGCUGACGGCAUGAUUAGAUCGAACAAAUAAGUAUUUUUAUAAUAAAUAAUAUACUGUACAAUUUAUUUUGACUCUUUACCCAUGGUAUAUAUAUCAUUAAUAGUGUUCAUAAUGCCUUAAUACUCUUUGCUUAAUAAAUAGUUUGGCAAAAUUACACAGUAUGAUAUUGUACCCUAUUCAUAAUUAUUCAAAUAGCCUUUAAAGUGGAGAAUGUGUGCAAGAAUGAGAGGGUGUAUCAUAGACCGAUUAAUCAUUCUCGCUAUUAAUGAGGCAGGUUUUCUAAGGCCAGGUGUGUGUCUGAGAGCUUCAUUAUAAAGUCAGUGUGUGGUGUCUUUCUUUCAGUUUCAUUAGCAGACUCUAAUACAGGUUUUGUGAAGGGGUGGCAUAUUCUUGCAGCUCAUUUUUUCCUAAUUAACCUGUGCCCCAUGAGUGUGUCUGUGUGAGGGAGAGACCAGGAACAAAACUGCCCCACUGUGAACUGACCAGAGAAACACAUUACUUAUGAUGGCCUUUACAGAAUGCAAUCAUAAAAGUUGCAUACUGGUGGUGGUAUGGCAAAUUAUGAUCUAACAUUUCAUGAAAUAUGCUUUUAAAUUUUUAA